AUGCUUUCUGCGUACGGCUUUUCACGACGUGUACCACGAAAGGCCCCAUUCGCACUGGGGAAUCUCGCAUGUUACGGCCUGUUACUGGUCCUCGUCGUGCUCUAUUAUCUUUUUUUCUUCUCUUCCUAUGGUCCCAGCGCCUUGCAACAUUCAUAUCAUCGCUCUCAACCCGUGUUCCAUAGCUACUAUGAACUACUCAGCGACGGCUCCUCCACGCGCCAUGCAAUAGAUGAUCUCAUCCUGGAUGCCAAAAAGGCUCAGGACCGCCUUCUCCUUGAGCGUUCGCAUGAUGUCGGUACUGCCGCGGCCAGAUAUCGAAGUCGUAGAGGGAGACAUCCUCCGCCAGGCUUUGAUAAGUGGUUCGAAUAUGCAUCCAAGCAUGAUGCCAUCAUAAUCGAGAGUUUUUUCGACCGCAUUGAGCAUGAUAUCCGUCCCUUCUGGGCUCAGGACCCGAGGGUCAUAUCGAAACAUGCCGCCCAUGGGGAACACGUCGUGAGGGUCCGUGAUGGUGCCGCCCACGGCUUUGGGAAUACCACCGGGCGCGUGCCUUGGCUGCAGCUAUGGACCGGUCUGGUAUCUGAAGCCGCAACCUGGCUGCCUGACGUGGACAUGCCCAUCAACUACUGGGACGAAAGCAGAAUCCUAGCCCCCUGGGACGAGAUCAAUUUCUUGGUGACCGAAGCGGAGCGAAACAAACGGAUCACGCCGACCGAGGGCACCGUACGAGAGUUCACGAAGCUAGCGCACCUCGCCGGCGAAGAAGUAGAGAUCAGAGAGCCGGAAUGGAUCACAACCGGUGCCUCGAAACUGUGGGAUCUCGCACAAAAGACGUGCCCACCGGACACACCGGGACACAACGUCUCGGCCAUCGAGGACUUCUCGGCACCACCUAGCUUCCCUGACGAAUGGAGACCGCCCUUCUCCGAGAACAGAUAUGUGAAGAACUACACGGCAUCGAUGGACCCCUGUCUGCAACCUCACCUCAGGGACAUGAGCGGCGCAUUCGUGCAAUGGGCCCGGAUCCAGGUGACGCAGGAGCUCGUGCCCAUGUUUGGCGGGUCCAAGCUCACGAUGAACAAUGACAUCCUGAUCCCCGGGGCCAUGUACCUGUCCGGCGAGCUGCGCUACAGCGGUGGGUGGAAUCACGGACCGCCCUGGGAGCAGAAGAAGGAGGGGGUAAUCUGGCGCGGCGUUGGCUCCGGUGGGAGGCUCCAGGAAGACAAUUGGUUCCAUUUCCAGCGCUUUCGACUGGUCCAGAUGCUCAACGGCACGACGGUGUCGGAGUUGGAACAGGGGCAUCCGUCUGCGGCCCUGACCUUUGAAAAUAUGCCUGACGGGGUGCGCAACUUCUCCUGUCCGGACCUCACGCUGGAGGAGUGGCUGCAGGGCCAUUCCGAUGCGGGGUUUACCUACAUGCAAUGCGAUCCGGAGAACGACUGCGGAUACCUAGAGCCGUAUUUCAGCGAGGUGGACUCCAUUUCAAUGCCGGACCAGUUCCAGUGGAAAUACAUACCCGAUAUAGACGGCAACUCGUUCAGUGCGCGGUUCAGGAGUCUGCUGCUGUCGACCUCGCUGCCGCUCAAGAGCACCAUAUUCGCCGAAUGGCACGACGAUCGCUUGGCGCCCUGGGUCCAUUUCGUCCCGCUGGAUAACGCUCUCUUGGAUCUCUUCGGUGUGCUGGACUACUUUUUGCAGGGAGAAAAGAGCGAUGCGGCGGCCCGGAUGAUUGCGGAGACUGGCAGGCGAUGGGCUGAGAAGGUGCUGAGGCAUGAGGAUAUGCUGCUUUAUGUUUGGAGGCUGCUCCUCGAGUUCGCACGAGUUUGUGAUGAGAGUCGGCAUAGCCUUGGGUUCGUGGACGACCUGUUGUAA